AUGGCAGACGUGCAACAAAAGCUGACGGAGCCCGAGACUCAAUCAACGGGCAACAAGCGCAAAGCGCAAGACGCCACCUCGAGCACCCUUCAAUUCACAUCGCGCAACCCGCCAUGGACCUAUCUUAAGCUCCGACUCAUUCCCCAACCUGACAACAUCAGCCCACAACCCCUCGAUGCUCUCUCCGCCCGUACCUACCUCUCCGCCGCGCUCUCACAAUUCCUCGGUCUCACGGGAACAGCUAUUCCAAUCGACAUCUUGAAAAUCGAGCACGGAUCCAUAUCUACUGCAAAGCUGGAACUACCCGCAGUUGCCGGUAUGAGCAAAUACGACUGCGCUUGGGUGCGUGUUCCGCGUGAAGACGCAGCACCUGUUGUCUCGGCCCUCAGCUCGUGGAUUGGUGGGAGUGGCAGCGGCACAAAUGUCGCAUGGAGAGUCUGUGCUAAAGGGAACUAUCUGGGUGCGCUAGUCGCUGGAUCUGGAUCGGGCUUGUUCGUUCCUUGA